AUGGAGCUCAUCAUCACGCCCACGCAGGCACUUGUGCCUUUAUCAGUCCUCUUCCUAGCUUACCACGCAAUCCGGGCGGUAUUCUUCGGGAAAGUAGAGUCGAAGCAUUGGGAAGAGCUACCAGUCGUGGGUCUUCAGAAAGGAUGGUUCGAAUGGGUGUGGGCGACAUUGAAGUCCAUCCGCAAGACGCAGGACUGGGCGUUUGAGGGUUACCGCAAGUUUGCUAGCGUGAACAGUCCUUUCAUCCUGCCCAGCAUAGAUAGAGGAGCGAUGAUCAUUCUCCCACCACGCUUGAUAAAAAAGGUUUACUCACUUCCAGAGAGCACGCUCGACAUCCAUGCGACGCAGAGUGAAACCAUUCAGACGAAAUGGACAGUUUGGGACAAAGAGGUAGCCGACAAUGAUUUCCAGAUCAACGUUGUGCGUCAUCAGAUUACUCGAAAUCUCGAGCACCUAACACCGCUGAUGGCCGAUGAACUUGACAGAGGCUUUGAGCGGUGGUGGGGAGCAAAAGGCGACACCGAGUGGAAAGAGGUCGCUGUAUGGGAUGCGUGUUUAAAGCUAAUCGCUGGUGCGAGUAAUGGCGCCUUCUGCGGCGCGCCGCUGUGUCGUGACGAGCAGUUUUUGAACGAUCUCAGGGAUCACGCAAUGAGCAUUUUCGCCGGCGCUAUGCUUAUCAAUGCGACACCUAAACCGCUGAAACCAGUCACUGGUGCCCUCGUAGGAUCAACCUGCUGGUACUUGCGACGAAAGGCGAUGAAAGGUUGUCUGCCUUUCGUAACAGAGAGGUUGAACGCUACUGCCCGGUUCAAGGUUGAUGCGAAAUGUGGAUGGACUCCACCGAAAGAUGGUCUCCAAUGGCUUAUCGACGAGUGCUACGCCGCAGCCGCAAAGGGAGACGUGGGGCAACUGGACCCGAAGCGAGUAGCGCAUCGUCUCUUGUUGGUCAACGACAUUUCUCUUCAUUCGACCAGCUUUACUGUGCAGAAUGUGAUCCUGGAUCUCUUCAGUUCGGAUCCAGCAAUGGGUUAUGUUGACGCUCUACGCGACGAAGCUGCAUCGGUGCUUGCAAAGGCAGGUGGUGUAUGGACGCGCGAUGCGGUACGGGAUCUGAAGCUCAUUGAUUCGAUGAUCCGCGAAUCAAUGAGGCUCAAUCCAUUCGCCAUUGUUGGGCUUCCGCGAACAGUUGUACAUCCGGAAGGUAUUCGGCUCCCGGUCUCCAACAUUCAUGUACCACAAGGCACCAUGAUUGCGGUUCCAAUGGAGCCGAUCCAUUAUGACGAGAGUAUUUAUCCACAAGCACGCAGCUUCAACGCGUUUCGCUUUGCGGAUCCGAAUAAUGUUACUAGCAUUGUCGACAAUUUCGCAACGAAGGACGAUAUCGAAACUGCCAAAGCCGACACAAGCGACCGUAAGGGCAAGUCAACUGCUACGCUUGAUGACGCUUUCCUUGGCUUUGGGUUUGGACGGCAUGCGUGCCCUGGUCGAUUUUUCGCCUUGAAUGAGAUGAAAGUCUUCAUAGCACACAUGCUGCUAAACUAUGACGUUGAGCACAUGGCAGUUCGACCAAAGCCUUUGGAUACUGUGUGGCUGAAGCUACCGUUGCAUGGUGGAAAAAUCCGAGUACGUCGAAGGCCGACAGCUGCGUAG